AUGACCGCCUCCACCGUACCCAUCAUCGUCAACGCGGCGUCUCAACUCGAGAUCGACGUCGACACGCUCGACGUCCCCCUCACGCAGCAGCUGGCGUCGCUCGGUGUGCAGCCCAACGACAUGACGUCGAACCAGUUCAUCGUGGCGGAUGCGCUGGCUGUGCCUGCCAACCAGGUGUUGCUCGAGGACGUCAUCCGUGCGUCUCCCGGUGCGGAUUGGUUGACGAUCCUCGACCGUAUUUCCGUCAAACUCUGCGCCUUGAAUCUGCCGAACAUUGCCGGUCGUGCACUGCUCCAGGCGAGCCCGAGCUGCGCACACGAUGCGGAGGGGAUCGUGAAGCACGCGCUCAAGUACGAUGCCGAGUUUGCCGCGCAGGGGAUCGGAAAGGACAGGUACUGCAUCAAGAUCCUCACCACGCCCGCGGGGAUGAUCGCUGCGAAGACGCUCGAGUCGCAGCACGGGAUCCGAACGCUCGGAACGGGACUUUUCUCGGUACCUCAGGCGCUUGCCGCUGCGCAGGCAGGUUGUCUGUAUAUCUCGCCGUACUACAACGAGAUCCUGGCGCAUUUCACCCCUCCCGAAGAACGUCUCGUCUACUCGGACCCCGUUACCCAACACCCCAUGUCACCCCGUAUGGCUCACAUCUACCAGGCCUACCGCGAUCUCUCCUCCACCGGCAAGCCCGCACCCGUCAUCAAGGCUGCUUCGUUUAUCGCGCUCAACGAGGUCCUAGCUAUGCCCGCGCUCGGUGCUCAACAGACCACCAUCCUCGCUCCCACCCUCACCGAGAUGAUCUCUACUCCUACCCUCGCCCAAGAAGGCAAACUCUACCGCCCCAGCAAAACCUACUCCCUCCCUCUUCCUGAGGCUACGCUGCCGCUGCUCAAGAUCGACCCUUUGCGCGCCGAUGGUCUGCCGCAGAAAUUCGCGCUGGACGUAGACUACCUCAAGAACGGUGCGGAGGAGCUCGGUAAGGCGAUCAAGCAAGACCCGGAGACGGAGCGAAGGAUCGGCGAUGCAGUCGAGGUGUUUGUCAAGGCAGAGUUGCAGGCCAAGGCGUUGAUCGAUGCGGCGAUCGCAAAAGUGGCCGCCGUGCAGAGUGUACAGGCUACCCCGGUGGCUGCGUAG